GAUAAUUUAUAAUAGGUAGAGAUAAUUAUAUACUUAUAUAAAAUGACUUUUAAAACAGUUAUUUUAUGUUCUACUAUUUUGUUCAUUAAGACGGUUUCAGCUCAAUAUCUCAACUAUGGGAACAUACAAAACGGACUUUCAACAAACAACUAUAACCUAGCAUCAAAUAAUCUAGCUUCAAAUAUAUACGGAACCAGCAAUCUCGGAGCAAAUAAUUUAGUAUCUGCCACCUCUGGUUUAACUGGAAGUAAUAUAGCUUUAGGAAACAAUUUAGCAUCAAGUGUUGUAUCGAAUAAUUUGAUUGGUCAAAAUUUCGCAACUAAUAAUGGCUUUAAUACAGCUUCAAAUCCUAUUAGCACUACGGCAAGCUUGUUAGAAGGAAUCGGUGCUUCUAAUGGAGGAAUAUUUUCAGUUACAAGUACAUCACCUAUAGUUCCUACAGGUUUAUCAGUGUUUUCGGAUAAUUUGGUUAUAGAAGGACCCUUGUCUGUUUCUGGGCAGUUGCCGUUCUUAAGUUCUGUUGCCAUUGAAGGUACUGUGGCAAGUAAUGGGCAAGGAGUAGCUGGCUGUGGGUGUGGAGAUGGCAAUAUUGGAAUAGUAAAUGAAUUCAAUAAUGCUGGGUUGUAUGGAGGCCUAGGUAGGCCAGGGUUGGGUAGAUAUUAUUAA